AAUAUUUCUAGCGGAUCGUACGUCGUUGUUUACACUCCUUAAAAAUGUUCAAAUUUUUGAAAAACACAAUACUUUAUUUACAUAAUUAAUUUUAAAUAUACUUGCAUACACUUUAAACAUACCAAUUUUAGACGAGUAUCGAAUAUUUAAAUAAUUUUAUUCCAAUAUAUCUCGUAUGUAUUUUACCUUUAAAAUUAGCACGUGUUUUUAUGUUCAUUAAACAAUUAAUUAGAAAUAGUAAUGCAUACUAGUGAUGAAAGGAAAACAUUGUUAUUUCGAUUCCAUACUGGAGUGUUGUGUGCCCAUUAUUGAAACUUUUAGGUUGUAAAUCAUGAAUCAUGCAAAUAAUUGGGUUGAUUUAUGUGAUGAGCAAGCCAGAGUCAAUGCUGAACACCUAGUGUCAUCAUUUUCAUCUCAGCCAUCCACUCGGCAGGAAGUACUUGGUCAUUACAUUAAAGUUUUUGCAGCUCAUUUUAAACGUGAGUGUGAUAGAUACAAUUGGCCAGACAAUGAUUCUGGUAACAGUGAUUCAGAUACAGAGUCUAUGAUCACUGUCAAGAAAAAACCUUUUUUCAGACGAAUGUCAUUUAGAGCUCUUCGUCCAUUGUUCCACAAACARCAUUCUGAUGAGGUAGAACUUGAUGCUGCAUCUAUAAUGUCCCAAAGACCUAUAAAAUGUAAGAAAAAACUGGCCAAAAUUAUUGUGGAAUGUCGUAAAGAAGGUAUAGUAAACUAUCGGUUGGGAGAAACAUUUGAUGGUGGUGAACCCAGAUGGGAGAAAGCAAGACUUGCAUUGGUUAAGAACACAGAUGGUUACACCCUAGAAUUUUAUUGUCCUCCUAAGUCUUUGAAAUCAAAACACGGAGUGUUUUGUUUUUUGAUACAAGAUGCUAGAGAAACCAAAGAAAUUGAAAUGCCUGAACGAUAUGCUAAUACAUUUGUACUAAAAGAUGAAAACAAUGUUGAAUAUAUAAUUGAUGCCCUAAGUCCAGAAGAAAUGYGCCAAUGGCUUGCAACUGUAAAAUAUUGCAUGCGUAAACGUGAUGGUUUGCAUGAUGAUAUAAGUAUUAUUGGCAGUAUUGAUGGUGUGUUAGACUCAUCAGUUGCACAUUCAAAUGAAACAUUAUUAAACUCACCCCAGAGUUCCACCAAUAAUUUAGAUAUUAUUUUAAACAAUGAUGUUGAAAAUGAUAUAUCAGCAUCUCUUCGCCUUUAUCCAUGGUUUCAUGGUAUGCUGGCUCGAUCUGAUGCUACUAAUUUGGUGUCACACUUAGGCACUAAUGGACAUGGAAUGUUUCUAGUCAGACAGUCUGAAACUCGAAAGGGUGAAUAUGUGUUGACAUUUAAUUUUAAGGGAAAACCAAAGCAUUUACGAAUGACAUUAAAUGACCAAGGACACUGUCGAGUACAACAUCUAUCAUUCCCUAGUAUACAAGAUAUGCUUGAACAUUUUCAAACACAUUUAAUACCUUUAGAGAAUGGUGGACCGGGCGAUGUAACUCUUAGAGAUUAUAUACUAAAUACCCCAAUUAAAUAUGGAGUGAUUCCAAGCAAUACCAAUAUUGAUUUUAUUGCUAUUACUCGUGAUCCAAAUGCCCCUCUACCUCUGAACAUAGAUCAYGGACUUCGACCCAUAGCACCUCAACUAUAUAGAGAAUUUAAGACAAUGUUGGCUCCUAUUAGAACCAAAACAAAAGACUUACAAACAGACUUUACUAAUCGGUCAACACCCGAACCAGGAUUGGGAAAUGUUGUAAGAGCGGUUAAUAACCAGUAUACACUAAGAUAGUUAUAAUGAGAUACCCACCUGUAUAAUUUUGUUCAGUAUUAAAUAUGUAAAUAAUUUAUUAUAAUCGUUAUAAUAUUUAUCAUAUUAUUUUGCCGAGAUUUUUCUCGUAUUUGUGUGUUUUUGUCUGCUUUAAUAUCCAGUUAUGGUUUGCUUAUAUUGUACUUCAAUUUUCAUGUUCAAUUAUUCAAUCUARUAUUCGUUAAUUAUUUAAGUUUAAUUAACAAUUGAAAAUGUUAAGAGAUUUAUUUAUUCAUAUAUUUAACUUACUAAUAUCAUUAAUUUGACAACAUAUUUGUACAUUUUAAAUUGCCUCUUGUAAGUUAGUGAUUAUUAGUCAAAUUUGGUUCCUUACCAUCCUUUUAAUGUAUUUAUUUAUAGUAAAAAGA